AUGCUCUACUCUCGUCUCAAAUUUACUCUUAUCAUAUGCAUCUUACAAAUGUGCAGCUUCCGGGCAACUGGACCUUUUGAACACCUUGCGAAUGCCGGGCCAGACUCGGUCCGGUCAAUUGCAUGGGAAAGUAAUCAUAGGCCUAGGACCGGCCAAAGCAGCGGAGAAACAUCAGAAAACUUGAAACGCACGUGGAAAGACACGCUCGUAACUGAUUCAGAUCCAUCACCGCUGGAAUCCUGCCAUGUGGAAAAUACUAUGUCAAAGAAAAAUAAGCAAACCAGCGUUGAAACUGACAUGGUAGAAAUCACCAAGCGGCGUUACAUGACUAUGUUGGAUAAAUUUGACAUUUGGGAAUCUAGUGUCUCAACACUGAAGCUGCCUGAUGCUGAACUUUCUCGAGUUGAACUGCAGAUGCAAGAAAUCAGAAACGCAGUGAGAAAUCUGUUUGAUAAGAAAAUCUAUGAGCUCAUAGGUGAACCAUAUCAAUUCCAGGCAACCGAAGCGUUGGUGAGCGGAGAUUUGGCUGCAGGAGUUAUGGAGAGAUGGGAAGGGAUGUGGCUGAAUUCAGUUGCAAAUAUUCACGAGACAUGGGAGUUUCCAGAUCAGCUGAAGAACAGCUUGGAAUCUAUCCAAUUCAGCAGGCAAGGAAUUGAUUUCAUGAUUGACUUCUUUAUUGAAUUACAAACACUUGAAGUGAUCACCCAGAAGCGUCUCAAGGAUUUCUUAAACAACGAGGAUGGUUCACGCAUCAUAUCGUCCUACAUCUACAACAGAUUCCACAAACCUAGAUUAGAUGUAUGCAAGCUUUACCUCAACUUUAAUGUGAAACUAAGUCUUCUUGAAGGCCCGGCCACAAGAAAGAUGGCAGAUCUUUUGGAAGGUUAG